CGUCCAUGAGCGUCAUUCAACGGCGACAGAUUGAAGCAUGGGGAGCCGGAGGUCUCAGCUAAAUCACACGAGUUGUGUUUAGUGCGCGUACGUGUCUUUUUGGGUCUAAACCGGUUUAUGAGACAAACACAGAAGGGUCUGUGGAGGGCGGAGUCCGCGUGUGUCAUCUCACCUGGAUUAUAUUUCAGUGCCGCUGCAGGAACAGAGUCCAGUGUGUGAGCCAGCUUCUGUGGUCUGCAGGGCGAGGGGAGAACCGCUUCAGCACAUCAUGGAUGCAGAUGAGGUCAUCGUCAGCUCUGCAGAGCCACAGACACAGAGUGAGAUGAUGGUGGAGGAGGACAGGAUGAGCUCAGAUCUGGUCGAGGAUGACGCCUCCAGAGAUCAGGCUUCAGAAGAAAAGGCUGCAGUAAAGAAAACCACAACUUCCUGUCAGGGCAGGAAGUGCGUUCCAGGUAUUGUUUACCUGGGUCACAUCCCGCCAAGGCUCCGCCCCAAACACCUGAGGAACAUGCUGUCCGUGUACGGAGAGAUCGGACGGAUCUUCCUGCAGCCUGAAGACCACCAAGUGAGGAGGAAGAAGAAGAAGUCUGGGCUGCGAAGGUGUGACUUCACUGAAGGCUGGGUGGAGUUCAGGGACAAACGAGUGGCUAAAAGGGUGGCGGCGUCUCUUCACAACACGCCGAUGGGAACCAGAAAACGCCAGCGCUUCUCCUCAGACCUGUGGUGUAUCAAGUACUUGCACAGGUUUCAGUGGACUCACCUGAGCGAGCGAUUGGCCUAUGAGCAGACAGUGUUGCAGCAGCGACUGAGGACAGAAGUUUCUCAGGCGAAGAGGGAGACCAACUUCUACCUGAACAACGUGGAGAAGAGCACUCGCAUGGAUGACAGGGGACGGAAGAGGCGGAGCCAAGCAGAACAGGUGGACACUAAGCUGUGGGAGUUUACACAGCGUCAGACAGAGGAGGAGAUCCAGAAUAAGAAGAAGAAGAAGCACAAUGACUACGUUAACCAGAAGAAUCGGGAAAAAGUGCAGCUCAUUCAGCAGAAGAGCCAGUCAAACGUGUCGCUGUUGUGCAAGAUUUUCAGCUCCAACCAGUCAGAGUGAGGUUGUGGGUCGCCUUGGAUUCCAUGGAAGUCAUAUACAAAUCAAACCCAGAGCCCAUCUCCAUGUUUUUUAUACCAGUCUGAACUGCUUCUGAAAUCGGGUGACUCAAUGGUUGAUCCUGUUAAUAAAAAUCCAAACUUGUAUUUAUAGCA